ACGUGCAUAAACACGUUUUCCUUCUGACAGAAGAAGAUGAAACUGCGCGGGACCAAGGACCCCUCAGUGGCUGCGGUGGGCAAGUAUGGCACCCUGCAGGAGUUCUCUUUCUUUGACAAGGUGCGGCGUGUCCUCAAGAGUCAGGAGGUCUAUGAGAACUUUCUCCGCUGCAUUGCCCUCUUCAACCAAGAGCUGGUUUCGGGCUCUGAACUUUUGCAGCUGGUCACUCCCUUUUUGGGGAAAUUCCCUGAACUCUUUGCCCAGUUCAAGUCUUUCCUGGGGGUGAAGGAGCUCUCCUUCAUCUCACCUGCAAGUGACCGCUCGGGGGACGGGAUGUACCGGGAGAUUGACUACGCCUCCUGCAAGAGGAUUGGGUCCAGCUACCGGGCGCUCCCCAAGACCUACCAGCAGCCCAAGUGUAGCGGCAGGACCGCCAUCUGCAAGGAGGUCCUAAACGAUACUUGGGUCUCCUUCCCCUCGUGGUCUGAAGACUCAACCUUUGUCAGCUCCAAGAAAACCCCCUACGAGGAGCAGCUCCACCGGUGUGAGGAUGAACGCUUUGAGGUGCUUAUUUCUCCUGUGUCCAUGUACCCAUAA